AAAAGUGGGUUUUAUCACAUUUAUUAUGACAACUAAUAAACAUAUAAGUACAAAUUCUUAAAGCAGUAAGUAACAAUAAUUUUUUUUUUUUUUUGUAACUCCCAACUCUCUCUGACACAAAAAAACAACAUCAUCUCUCAUAUCAUGUCUUAACCUCAAAAACAAACCCUAAACUCAAAACAUCAUUACUCAAAAUAUAAGAAAGUCUCUAUCUCUCUCUUCUAAUUAAGCUAGGAGAAGCAUAAAAAAGAAGAAGAUGCAGAGUUCUUGUGUCUACCGAGAAUGCAUGCGCAACCACGCCGCAAAGCUAGGCUCUUACGCCAUCGACGGCUGCCUUGAAUACUCUCAAUCAGUCACCGGCGAUUUAUGCGCCGCCUGUGGUUGCCACCGCAGCUACCACCGUCGCGUCGACGUCGUAUCUUCUUCUCAAAUCACCCGCACGCGCUUCCCUUUCACGAGCCUGAGGCGCGUGAAACAGCUCGCGAGGCUGAAAUGGAAAACGGCCGAGGAAAGAAACAAGAAUGCGGAGGAGGAGGAGGAUGACACGGAAGAGACUUCGACGGAAGAGAAGAUGACGGUGCAGCGGCGGGCGAAGUCGAAGUUCACGGCGGAGCAAAGGGAAGCGAUGAAAGAUUACGCGGCUAAGCUGGGAUGGACGUUGAAGGAUAAGCGAGCGAUUAGAGAAGAGAUAAGAGUCUUCUGCGAAGGGAUUGGUGUCUCUCGUUAUCAUUUUAAAACUUGGGUUAACAAUAAUAAAAAGUUUUAUCACUAAUUUAUUUAAAAAUUGAUUACUACUAGAGUACUAGUACUACUAGUAAGUAUAACUGCAGUUCCAUUUCAUUGUCAUCCCUUUUUUUGUGUGUUUCUCCUCCAGCUUAAUCAAUCUCUUGUAUUUUAAUGGAUAUUAGUAAGUAAGUAGUGUUUUUUAUCA